AUGGAGGCAAAAAACCACACAGAAUUCUCAGAAUUUCUCCUCUUGAGUCUCUCAGAUGAUCCUGACAUGCAGCCCCUUCUCUUCGGACUGUUCCUGUCCAUGUACCUGGUCACGGUGUUCGGGAACCUGCUCAUCAUCCUGGCCGUCAGCUCCGACGCCCACCUCCACACCCCCAUGUACUUCUUCCUCUCCAACCUGUCCUUUGUUGACAUCUGUUUCACCUCCACCACCGUCCCCAAGAUGAUCGUGGACAUCCUAGCUCACAGCAGAGUCAUCUCCUAUGGGGGCUGCCUGACACAGAUGUCUCUUGCUCUGCUUUUUGUUUGUGUGGAUGACAUGCUUCUGACCGUGAUGGCCUAUGACCGGUUUGUGGCCAUCUGUCACCCCCUGCACUACACGGUCAUCAUGAAGCCCCGCCACUGUGCCCUCCUGGUACUGAUGUCUUGGUGCGUCAUUUCCCUGGCUACGCUGGUUCACCUUCUACUGACAAUGCGACUGACCUUCUCUAUAGGCACAGAAAUCCCACAUUUCUUCUGUGACCUGCCUCAGCUCCUCAAGGUGACCUCCUCUGACACCUUCAUCAAUGACAUCUACUUGUACGUGUCGACUGUGUUGCUGGGUGUGUUUCCCGUCACAGGGAUCCUCUUCUCUUACUCUAAGAUUGUCUCCUCCUUAAUGAGGAUGAUGUCCUCCACUGCAAGCAAGUACAAAGCAUUUUCCACCUGUGGGUCUCACCUCUGCGUGGUCUGCUUGUUCUACGGAACAGGACUUGGGGUCUACCUCAGUUCUGCUGUGACCCCUUCUUCCCAGAGCAGCGCCAUUGCCUCGAUGAUAUACACGGUGGUCACCCCCUUGCUGAACCCCUUCAUCUACAGCCUGAGGAACAAGGACAUGAAGAUGGCCCUGGGAAGACUCCUCAGUAGAGCAGCCUCUUGA